AUGUCAAUAUCCUCUCUAGAAGUGUUCUCUACGGAACCGUUCCUAAAUGGAACAUUCACAGCAGAAGGUUCCUCCUCUGGACCAUACACAGAACCCCACUCGGAGGACAACCUCAUCGCCUUGGGCGACAACAAUGUCACAGGGUCAGACUGCACCUAUAAGGAGGAUUUUAAGCGCUUCCUACUUCCUGCCAUCUAUAGUGUGGUCUUCCUGAUUGGUCUGCCUCUGAACGGAGUGGUCAUCCUGAAGAUCUGGAGGUCACGACCCAACCUGACCCGGAGCAACGUCUACAUGCUCAACCUGGCCACGGCUGACUUCCUGUAUGUGAUGUCACUACCUCUGCUCAUCUACAACUAUGCCAGUCAUGACUACUGGCCCUUUGGAGAGCUGGCCUGCAAACUGGUCCGCUUUCAGUUCUACAGUAACCUGCAUGGUAGUAUCCUGUUCCUGACCUGUAUCAGCCUCCAGCGCUACGUGGGCAUCUGCCACCCUAUGGCCGGCUGGCACAAGCAGGGGGGUCGCAGGCUGGCAUGGGUGGUCUGCGGGGGAGUGUGGCUGGUGGUCGCCGUCCUCUGUGCCCCCACUUUCCACUACGCCUCCACAGGAACACAACGUAACCGCACCGUCUGUUACGACCUGAGUCGACCGGAGCACUCGGCUGACUACUACCCCUAUGGGAUGGCUCUGACCUGCCUGGGCUUCCUGUUGCCUUUUAUGGGCGUGGUGGCGUGCUACUGUCGCAUGGGUCACCUCCUCUGCCACCCGCCGUCCUAUCAGGGUGUUAACAUGGCCGCCUCAAUGGAGAAACGGGACAAGGCGGUGAAGAUGAUAAUCAUCGUGGUGACGGUGUUCGCUGUGAGCUUCCUGCCGUUCCACCUUACUAAGACCAUGUACCUGUUGGUACGAACCUUACCGGGUGCUCCGUGUGCUACACGGAACCUGUUCUCAGUGAUCUACAAGUGCACCAGGCCGUUCGCCAGCAUGAACAGCGUUCUAGAUCCUAUACUGUUCUAUUUCACACAGCCGCGGUUCCUCAGGAGCACCAGAAUACUGGUCACCAAGAUCACCACUCUCAGAGACAGGGAACCAAGAUGUGAGAAAGUGAAAAACCUCACCAAGAAACCUUGAUUAUUUAGAACCCAUGUUUAACUAGAAGCUCAUUCAAUGGUAAACUCACUUUGAAACAUAAGAACUAAGGUGUGUGUGAAACAUCCACAGUCCACAGUUGUAUUACACCUAGAUACAUGGGUUUUGGGUACCUAGAACCCAUCCAGAACCCUCAUUGACUUCUGCUCUGCCAGCAUGGCAACAAGUCAGUGUGUUUGCUACUGUGUUUGCUUGUGACUGUAUGCUAAAAUGCAUGAAGUAGUCAGCCAUAACACUGCGUUUGGUUGCCAUAGUAUUAUGUAAUGCAUCCUGUAUGUCUGAGCAUACUGCUAGUUGUUUACUAUAUGAGCCACUAGGUGGCGUGUAUUACCUAUAUGUCCCAUGGCCUUAAAGGGAUAAUCGACCCCAAACCACAAAUUCCUAUGAUUAACAGUGUAUAACACUAAUAUAUGAAAACAAUAUAUAUAUUAUUUUUUUGGAACAAAUGUUUUAUUUUUAGCCAUGUGAAAAUCGAUGUGGAAUCUUUUGCAGCUCAAGUCAACUACAACACAUGCAAUGCUCUCUUUCUGGGCUGGCUAGCUAGCAAACGUAGCUACACACAACAAUAGCAAAGUCAAUAUCAGCAUGCGAAGUAGCUAGUUGGCUGUAAAAUCACCUAAACAAACUGCACUAUCAAUUUAGGAGUAUAUCUCACUGUGUUCAGUUUGCAGUUCCUCUCGGCCCAGAGUGAGUACAGAAUACGUUGCUAUGGCAACAAUGAUCCAUUCCCACGUUUCCCCACAGACACGCAGUGCGCAUUGCGAGAUGGUACUUGAAGGAGAAAACUAAGUUGAAUAAAUUGGUACAGUGUUUUAGAUUGAGCAUAUCUAAGUGAAAUGUGUACUUUGUCAUGAUGAUAUUUGCCCGAGAAGCCGGUCUUUGGAGGAUAUAUUGACACGGGUGUUGUUAGCCCCGAGACACUGGCUAUGAGGGAAUUAUUGAAACAAUGUUGCAAAUGUCGGAGAUACGGACAGCAAGGUUUAUACAAAUCUCCGCUGUUGAAAA